AUGCGGAGCAUUACAAUAGUGCUUACUAUCAUUACCUUUUUAUUUGCUUGUGAUAUAGGUGACUCCGUCAUCUUCAGAAUGACCAAUGUGGAGUGCAUAAGUCAUAAUAAAUCGUGGGUGCGGGUCAAUAUGUGUCGCUUGAAGGCGAUAAGUCGCUACAAAGUGGUAUUCAAUUUUAACGCAACCUUGUUCUACCCAACCCCCGACAUCAGAGUGACCUAUCGAGUUUUUAAGAGGGAGAACGGCUAUAAGCCAUGGAUGAUCAAUGUAGAGAUCGACAGCUGCCGAUUCCUGAGGAAACCGUAUAACGUUUUUGGUGUUAUGAUAUAUAACUUUUUUAGAAACUUUACGAACGCCAAUCACACUUGCCCGUUAUCUGGUGAUCUCAUCGUUAAGAAUAUGUAUCUUACCACUGAACCGUUUAAGGGUCUUCCAUGGCCCACCGGUGAAUAUUUAUUCGCUAUGAACUGGAAGUUCUUUAGGAAGCCGCAGUUCGACACAAACGUUAGCUUCCAGUUUAUUGAAGAUUUAUUGCAACCAAAAGUAUAA